ACAAGAAGUCAUUUCCACGGAACUUCUCUGGUUCUCAAGCAACCACUCGUCAAGGGAAGACUGUUCCAGGCUCCCAACACUCAAAGCUUCUUCACACACCCCAAGAGAAAUGCUUGGUACAGUCCUUGCCGGUAUCGUUGGCGGCGCGGUUGCAGCGGGGUCCGUGCCCGUGGUCCUGGGCGCCGUGGGCUUCACUGCAACCGGCAUCGCCGCCUCAUCCCUGGCGGCCAGUAUGAUGUCCAGUGCGGCUGUUGCCAACGGGGGCGGGGUGGCCGCCGGCAGCCUGGUGGCCAUUCUACAGUCAGUGGGGGCCGCAGGACUCUCGACCACCACCACCGCUGCUUUGGGCGCUGCUGGGUCCAGUGUUGGGGCCUGGCUCUGGGGUUCAGCCCUUCUCCUGUGAAUAGAAACUGAAGAGAACUCCGAGCCUCCUCCCAGCCACCCUUCACCUGAGGCCUGAGAAGUGCCUGUCACAGCCCCGACUUGCAUCCUUGAGGAAUAAAGAGAG